GCGGCCGCCGGCUCGACGGGGACAUUCCCUUCCCGGCAUCGAGGAUGGCGCAGCGCACGGUCUCUCUGGGCGGCAUGGCAGGCUUGGCGCUCCUGGGCGCCCUUCUCUCCCUCUUGCCAGCCUGUUCGCUGGCGCUGGACGUCCAGAGGAAAAGCCAGGCUCCGGCCAAGUGCAACCUGGCGGGGACGUGGGUGAACGAUCUGGGCUCCAAGAUGGUCAUCGGGACCACCAACGAGGACGGCCAGUUCUCGGGCUCCUACCUGACCGCCGUCUCGGCUGCCACCGACGCCGCCAUCCGGGAGUCGCCUCUGCACGGCAGGCAGCACCACACCAACCGGCGCGCCCAGCCCACCUUCGGCAUGACCGUCAUCUGGUCCUUCUCCGACUCCACCACCGUCUUCGUGGGGCAGUGCUUCGUGGACGAGAAGGGCGAGGAGACCCUGGAGACGACGUGGCUGCUGCGGGAGGAGGUGGCGACGCACGCCGACGACUGGAAGGCCAACCGGGUUGGCAAGAACGUCUUUGUACGUGUCAAAUAACAAGGAACCAGGAUCCGGGCCUGCUUCUGCUACUCAUGCGUAGGACCAGCUAGAAGAUGGCUCCCCCUCCCUCUGCACUCCACCAGCACUGCCCCUCUGGCCUCUUCUAUGGGGAAGGACAAAAAUCCCCCCUCAGGGGUUGCGUGUGCGUGCGUAUAUGUUGUGUGUCUCGCUUUUGGUCACCCCCCCACCAGCCUGCAGCCCCCCCUCCCGGUUUGGCCAAGGGUGGCUCAAGAAGGGCUCACCAUUGCACUCGCUACAGCAGGGGUCAGCAACCUAAGGCCUAUGGGCCACAAGCGGCCCAGGGGGGUUGUUUAACCAGCCCACGAGCCGCCCCCAAAUUGAGCCGCCUGCUUGGCGAGUCCCCGCGCGCUGUGCUAAACCAACACAGUGCGAGGACUCACUUCUGUGGCACCGGAAAUGGUGUCUGCGCAGACUCACGACACUGUGGGCGUGCCUGCGCUCUGACCCACGGAGGUUUCUCUGCUGGAGUGAAGCAGCCCAGGCGAGGAAAACCUUGCCGACCCCUGCGCUAGAGAGUGCACUUGGUGGGGGAAACGUCUGGUGCACCGGUUGCCAAUAGUUUGUUCACUGUGCUUGCUCGGGGCUUUUUAUUGGCCUCUCUGUAUUCUUAAACUUUCUUUUAAAUUCUCUUGUCUCAUGGGCUGAUGAGCAAAAAACCAAUAAAGAAACUUUUCCACCAUU